AUGACAGCGAAUAAGCAUGUCAAACACUUGACUUGGCACUUGAGUUUACUUAGCUCAUAUUUUCUUGUUACUGUCGAUCCUUUGGACAAUAUCUUAUCUAAUACUGCACGUCAACGCAGAACACAGGGCGGGUGGUUAGCGUCUGCGCGGUAUGUUCCUGAAAGAAGGGCAAGAGGCUCAAAAAGUAUGCAGGGAAAUGCCUUAUAA